AUGGAUGCAUAUACUUCUCUGAGUAAUCGUGUGGCCUCGCUGGAGGAACUCCUCCGCCGGAGUGAGGCGGGCAUGGCGGUCUUCUUGCAGCGCGUAAAGGCGCUGGAGGAGUACGUGUCGGCGAGUGAGGCACGAAAUCGCGGGGAGGGCGCCGCCCGCACAGACGCCCUCGCCGUGCGGCUCGAAAGAGGAUUGGAGACUCAGAACGCCAGGGCAGAGGCUCUGCAGAACACAGCACAGCAACAGGCGGCAGCUGUGCAGAAACUUGAAGAACGUCUCAGCGGUUUUGUAAGGGCUAUUGAACAGAAAGUCAACAGUGAUGUUAGUGCAUGCAUUCAGCGGAUUCAAACAUUAGAGACUUCUUUGGUGGCCGCCGUGCGAAAUGUAGAAUCAAAUGUACAGACGCAAUCUUCUGCACUAAAGUCUGUUGAACAGCUCAUGCGAGGUGAUUUACAAUCUUUCCAGCAGAGAGUAAGUGGGGAGUUUGUCGCUGCUCGUCAACAUGUUGAAAAUAUUGAAAACGAUCUUCGAAAGAUUUUAGGUGAAACACAAAAAUCAGUGAUUGGUGAAUUAAAGAAUAUCAACGAAAAUUUAAUAAAUAGAAUUCAAUCCAAUACAGAGGCGAUGAAUACUUCACUUGUAGGCUUGGAUCAAAAGGUACAUGCUGAUAUAAAAACUGUACAGGAGUUAUUAGCACAUGAGAUUAAUGUGAAUCGACAAAGUAUAACUGCACAGGAUGCAGGUAUGCGAGAUGCAAUGCAGGCUUUACACGGAACUUUGGCCAGUGAUAUUACUAAUUUAUCUUCACGUAUGCAAACGUUGGAUGCAGCAAACCAGGUAUCUCAUCAGCAGAUGCUUGCUGAAAUGUCUUCACAGCGACAACAGAUAGAGAUGGUAGACUCAAAUUGGCGUUCCAGUCUUACAGAUUUUAAUAGUAAAGUACAGGAAGGUUUCCAAAAUCUACGAUCAUUACAGGGAGCUAUGGAGGUUGCACUUCAACAAAGAAUAUCACUAACUACUACAGAAAUAGAGAAGUUAUCAGGGGAACUGCGUCGCGCCACAGAUAAUUUGUCACAAAUGAUACAAGUUAAAUAUAGUUUAUUGGAUAGUCUGCGUGAUGAUAUACUGUCUAGCAAAAAUACAGUUUUGGUUUUGAGGGAUGAGUACAAACGUUUACGUGAAGAUUUUAGAGGUAUCUCAGUGUUUGCGGAGCGUAGUGCAACACAAUUAAGAUCGGUGAUGGAAGCAGCCGUUAGAGCUUCACAUGGUGAUUUACUGGAAAGAAUUAAACCAUUAACUGGUUUCCGUUCAGAGAUGCAUAGUUCUAUUACUGCUGCACUUAACAAAUUGUGGAGUGAAGCGAAUGCCACUUUUAUUUCUCAACAAGAAAUUCAAAUGAUGCAAAGUCAAAUUCAAGUAUUAGAUAAUGCUGUGCGUAAUGAAGUAGCAUUAUUAGCCGAUAAAAGAAGAGAUAUGGAUCGCCAAACUGUGGAGCAAAAACCUGAUAUUUCUAUAGAAAGUCGUCCAGUUUUAAGUGGUGAACAUGGCGCCCUUGUACAAGUGCCUCUUGCAGGAGAAUUAAAUAAUGUCUGGGUAGAACUUCGAAGCCUUCAGCAAAGACUUGGUAUGCCUCGGGAGGAGGUCCUUAGAAUUGUGGAUGAUCUUCGUACCCAUGUUCUUGAUGCCGCAGUAGAAACGGCCAAAAAGAGUGAAGAUGAGUUGCGCAGAAUUCUUCUAAGGAUACAGGAUGACGUCCGUGAAAUGAUGUCACAGCCCGUCAAACAUAGUAGUAGUAGUGGUGGUACUGGUAAAGGAAAGAAGACCGUUGUGCGUGUGAUAAACUCAGAUGCUUUGCGCUCAGCGUAUCCAAAUGAACUGCCUCCAGUCAUAAAGGACAAGAAGAAAAUUCCACCCCAGCAGAUGUUACAAUCCAAACCACAGAAGAGUUUCGACUCUCCUCAUCGUCCUACAUCCUCUGCUGUAUCAACAAAUGGUCUAACGCCCAACAGUGCUGUUAAGGCCGCUAGUCGCCUUCCACCACUUGCACACGUGGCACCAGCCCCAACAACAACAACCCCACUAACAACAACAACUCCAACAACAACAACAACUCCAACAACAACAACAACAAUUCAAACGCCAUCAAGAGAAUUCUCAUCUUGA